CUACUUUAAAUUUUGGAAAAUUCCUUUCUCUCUCCCUAAUUAACAGCUCUCUUAAAAAGCUUCUUUUCCUUGCCUAUAUUCUUGUUCUUCUAGUUUUUGUUCUCCGAUUCUUUUUGAUCUGUUUAAGCAUAAAUUGACAGAGAGAAAGAGAGUUGAAGAUGUUUAAUGGAAUGAUGGAUCCCGAGCUGAUAAAAAUUGCUCAGGAACAGAUGAGUCGAAUGACGCCCGCGGAUUUCGCCAAGAUCCAACAACAGGUAAUGUCUAAUCCUGAGUUGGUGAGAAUGGCAUCUGAAAGUAUGAAGAAUAUGAAGCCUGAUGACUUGAAACAGGCAGCAGAACAGUUGAAGCACACGCGCCCUGAAGAGAUGGCGGAGAUUGGUGAGAAAAUGAUGAAUGCAUCACCUGAAGAGAUUGCUGCUAUGCGUGCUCGAGCUGAUGCACAGACAACAUAUGAAAUAAACGCGGCGCAGAUGUUGAAGAAACAGGGUAAUGAGCUGCAUGGCCAGGGAAAGUUCAAUGAUGCUUUGCAGAAAUAUUUGCUUGCAAAGCAAAAUCUAAAAGGAAUUACAUCCUCCAAAGGCAGAGCACUUUGGUUAGCAUGCUCUCUUAAUUUAAUGUCUUGCUACUUGAAAACAAAGCAGUACAAUGAAUGCAUAAAAGAGGGCUCAGAGGUUUUGGGAUAUGAUGCCAAUAAUGUUAAAGCUCUUUAUAGAAGGGGUCAAGCUUACAGGGAACUAGGACAACUGGAAGAUGCUGUAUCUGAUCUUAGAAAAGCACAUGAAGUUUCCCCGGAUGAGGAAACUAUUGCAGACAUUCUAAGGAAUGCUGAGGAAACAUUGGCUCGAGAAGGUGGCCAUCAUGCACCAAGGGGAGUGAUAAUUGAAGAAAUAACUGAUGAAGCUGAGACUGUCUCCUCUGAAAACCUCAAGAGUACAUCAACAGAGUAUCAAGUGAAGCAACCACAGGAAAGUGCUGAUAUAUCUAAAAGUGGAAAGGGAGGUUGCAAUGGGAGUUCAGCAACUAAUUCAGAGCCCUUGGAGGCUUUGAAAGAUGACCCUGAAGCUAUGAGGUCAUUCCAAAAUUUCAUAUCUAAUGCUAAUCCUGAAACUUUGGCUGCUUUAAAUGGGGCAAAAGCUGGAGAGGUGUCUCCUGACAUGGUUAAGGCUGCCUCAAAAAUGAUUGGCAAGAUGUCACCCGAAGAGCUUCAAAGAAUGCUUCAAUUGGCUUCCUCAUUCCAAGGGGCGACUCCUUUUACUGCAGGUGGAUCUUCAGAUAGCAGUUUUAAUGGCUUCAAAUCUGGUGUGGUUCCUCCAAAUGUGACACCAGACAUGCUCAAAACAGCAAGUGAUACGAUGAAUAAGAUGUCACCAGAAGAUAUUCAGAAAAUGUUUGAAAUGACAUCUUCUUUAAGAGGAAAUGGCUCAGUUCCAGCUGUUGCUUCAGCUUUAAACACUGACAGGUCAAGUUUGGGUGCUAGGUCAAAACCAACAGAAACUCGAGAAAAAUUUGCAGUUAAUGGUAAUAAUGGCAUCAGUGAAACUAGUUCCUCACGUGAUUUCUUUUCAAGUUCGAGAAAUGCUCCUCCAUCAAGCUUUCCUGCCUCAACUUCUGAUAUGCAAGAACAGAUGAGAAACCAAAUGAAAGAUCCAGCUAUGCAGCAGAUGUUCACGUCAAUGAUGAAGAAUAUGAGCCCAGAGAUGAUGGCUAACAUGAGUGAGCAGUUUGGAAUAAAACUUUCUCAAGAAGAUGCAGCUAAAGCUCAACAGGCCAUGGCAUCUUUAUCACCAGAGGACUUGGAUAAAAUGAUGCGAUGGGCUGAUAGGAUCCAAAGAGGAGCAGAAGGUGCAAAGAAGGCAAAGAACUGGUUACUGGGAAGACCUGGUAUGAUCCUUGCCAUUUGCAUGUUGAUCUUAGCCAUCAUCCUCCACCGGCUAGGCUUCAUCGGGAGGUAGAGCAGGAAUAAUAAUUUUGAUUCAUCAUUGCUAUGCCCUACAUGCUCAACUUAUAGGGGGUAGUGUCAUCAAAACAUUAUGUGCGUGUUUGAUGCGAGGACAGGAAAGUAUUAUGAAGAUAUAGAUGAAAAGGAAAACCCUAGGGAUGGAGAGAGAACGAGGGGUGCAUGUAUUCAUUGGGUAAAGAAAGACAGAUACCCAUAACUUGCUCUGCAUGUCAUUCUGCAUUGAUGCUUUCGUUACUUGA